AUGGAAACUGUGCCGAGCCACAGACUUGUCUACGCCUUCCCUCACGGGUGUGGCCAACGAGGCAACGAGAAUCUGGCUCGAUUCCGAGGAACUAACGGCGAUCAAUUCUGGAACAUUAACGUGGCAAGUGGACCCCCAAGGGCAAGCGGCUCUUUGCACGAGGCAUCCGUCAACUUUGACGCAUGUGGAGGAGCCCCUUGCCUCCACGAUGCUUGCCCACUGCAAAAAUCAAACGGUGCCACCCCAUAA